AUGAAACAUUUAACAUUCCUAGAGAUGACUUCUGCCACUAAGGUGUAUUACAGCCAGACCACCCAGACCGACAGCCGCCCCCUCAUCGGCUCCGGCCUGCGCAAGCGGCGCGUGAUGACCAAGGACGGCCGGAGCAACGUGCGGAUGGAGCACAUCGCUGACAAGCGGUUCCUCUAUCUCAAGGACCUGUGGACCACCUUCAUUGACAUGCAGUGGCGCUACAAGCUGUUGCUCUUCUCCGCCACCUUUGCUGGCACCUGGUUCAUCUUCGGGGUGAUCUGGUACCUGGUGGCCUUGUUGCAUGGGGACCUACUGGAGUUUGACCCCCCGGCCAACCACACCCCGUGUGUCAUGCAGGUACACACGCUGACUGGAGCGUUCCUCUUCUCCCUGGAGUCCCAGACCACCAUUGGCUAUGGCUUCCGCUACAUUAGCGAGGAAUGCCCCUUGGCCAUUGUGCUGCUCAUCAGCCAGCUGGUUCUCACCACCAUCAUGGAGAUCUUCAUCACCGGCACUUUCCUGGCCAAGAUUGCCCGUCCCAAGAAGAGAGCUGAGACCAUCAAGUUCAGCCAGAACGCGGUGGUAGCCCAACACAACGGCAAGACCUGCCUGAUGAUCCGGGUGGCCAACAUGCGCAAGAGCCUGCUGAUUGGCUGCCAGGUGACCGGCAAGCUGCUCAACACCUACCUCACCAAGGAAGGGGACUGCGUCCGGCUCAACCAGGUCAACGUGGACUUCCAGGUGGACACGUCUUCCGACAGCCCCUUCCUCAUCCUACCCCUCACCUUCUACCAUGUGGUGGACGACUCUAGUCCCUUGCGGGACACAGCCCUGCGCACGGGCGAAGGAGACUUCGAGCUGGUGGUGAUCCUCAGCGGCACGGUGGAGUCGACCAGUGCCACCUGCCAGGUGCGCACCUCGUACCUGCCUGAGGAGAUCCUGUGGGGCUAUGAGUUCAGCCCGGUCAUCUCCCUCUCGGCCAGCGGCAAGUACGUGGCCGACUUCAGCCUGUUUGACCAGGUGGUCAAGGUGUCGCCCCUGUGCUGCGUCCACGAGACGGUGCGGUUCGGGGACCCUGAGAAGCUGAAGCUGGAGGAGACCUUGCGAGAGAAAUCAGAGCGGGAGGGCAGCCCCCUGAGCGUCCGCAUCAGCAACGUCUGA